GCAGGAAGGUAUGCCUUUUCAUCUUUGUGCUCUGCCGAAUCGAAAGCUUCGGUGCAAGUAGGAAAUAAAGGUAUCACUAUCAGUAUCGUGUACCACAUAAAAAAUACAAAGAAAAAUAUGUAUAACUGUACUGCUAGUUUUUAGUUAUAUAACACAAACUAGGAUGAUGAAUUGUUCAGCUAGUACGCCUAGAGAAAAGCAGAGCAGUGCCAACGAAAGUUGAGACCUUGCACCAUGUAACUUAAAACAGAUAUACCGAGAUCUGGGAGAACCCAAAUGGCAGACGUUUCAGAAACAGCGGCGGUAAUUAGUGAAAUGCGUAUAAUGACAAUUGAACGUGUCUCACCCUUUGCGAGUUCAAAAAGGCUGCAUACAGAAAUAGCAGUUCAGGAGGGAACACCUGGAUGACCCUUCGUGAAACAGAAUCACGGUGGUAGAUGCUAAAUAUUCAUGUAAGAAACCGAUCUAACAAAGGUACCCCACUGCACACUUCCACUAAAUUGUUUGUCUUCCCUCCUACACUCCGAUUGCUAUUAAAGCAAACGGAAAUCAGCUAACUACAUGUUUAUUCAAUCCUAGGAAAGCCACUUUCCCUGCUUAUCUUAUUAUGUAUACAUGAUAUAUACCAUCUCCUUUAGUUCAUCAUGUAAGAAUCUAUUUAUGUUUUGAACUAUUUGUAUUGGAAUAUAUAUAUUAAACUACAAUACAGUGAAAUGAUUGGCUAUUUGUAUAAUUCAUUUCGCAAAUUUUUAUCGCACUUGGCUAGUGUGGAUAUUUUUCUUGGAGUGUGCCCACCCCGUAGUUUUUUCCUGCGUCUAAAUGAACUCCAUCAGUUUUGUGUUGGUUUACGAAUGUAGCCCUCCGACUUCGUCAACACUAGCGUGUAGCUCCUCUCCUUCAUAUAACUUAGCAGUAGUACAUCACUUACUAAGAAUGUGCCAUUUGUAAACAACGAGGUCCACAAGACUGGCCACUAGUGAUUGCUAGCCGGCCGGCUGGCCGGCCGGCUGGCUCAUCCGGUGGUUUUAUAUCCUCUACAGCAGUGAAGCACCAUCCAUUCUGAAGCCAUCAUGAAGCGCAUCCAUCUCCUAAUCUCUUGCACUUGUUUCCUGCUAUCCGCCACUGCACCGGUGAGAGCUAACAUCCAUCGUGAAGCUGCAGCACUGGUGAAUUGGAAGGCUACCUUGGCAGGUGAUGAUGGCUCCCUUGCAUCAUGGUCGUUGCCCAACUCCACCAGCCUUUGCAGGUGGUUGCACAUCACUUGCGAUCCGAAGGCUGGGCAUAUCAUAGAGCUCGACCUACAGGACGUAAGUCUGAACGGCACACUUGACGAGCUCGACUUCUCGGCCUUUCCUCACAUGAAGGAACUACGGCUUAACAACAAUGGUCUACACGGUACCAUUCCAACCGGGAUUGGCAAUCUGACAAGCUUGGUCAUAUUGGAAAUCGACACCAACCCGUAUUUGAGGGGCGCCAUUCCACGCAGCAUCGGCCAGCUGAAAAACCUUGUUCAACUGCAACUGGCAUUUUUGGGGCUCGAUGGCACACUACCUGAAGAGGUGGGUAACCUGACAAGCUUGGAGGCGCUUCAGCUCAACUCGGUUACUUUGACUGGAUCAAUCCCAGUAACAAUUGGGAUGCUCGUGAAGCUCGACUCUCUGGAUCUGGCACACAACAAUCUGACUGGCAACAUCCCAUGGGAGAUUGGAAACAUGACAAAACUGCUGCUUAUGGACUUUUCGUGGAACUAUUUGGAGGGGCAGCUACCCAGAAAUCAGCUUGGAGGCCAUAUCUUCCCUGAGCUUGGGAAUAGCAGCCUCCUGGAUACAAUCAAGAUUGCAAAGAACAACUUCUCCGGGUUGUUCCCAUCAUCCGUUUAUCAACGAGGAGCACUGAAAACUAUCAGUGCUGGAUAUAAUGGAUUUACCGGCAUUCAGCAGACCUUUCAAAACUGCACAACCCUGGUAAGUGUUGACUUCACGGCAAACAACAUUGUUGCAGAGCUUGGUACGAUACCUUCCUGGUUAAGCAGGAGCUUGCCUGGACUGAGAUUUCUUCUACUGUCAUCAAACAUUUUUUACGGCAUCAUACCCCACCAGAUAUUACAAUUUCGUGAACUCCAGUUAUUGGACUUGUCAAAAAAUAGGCUCACUGGGUCCAUUCCAGAUGAUUUUACCAAUUUUACUGGCAUGAUACAAGAACAAGAACCCAUUGAAAUCGAAUUCUUGUACAACGGCUUUGAUAGAGAGGUGAUUGAAAUAAUUUGGAAAAAUGCCGGUCAUGCUUACAAUCUGUGGAAGGGAGUCAUGGUGGGUAUGGACUUGUCUGACAACUUUCUUUCAGAAGAGAUCCCUAAUGGGCUCACAACCCUUCUUGGACUCAGGUACCUGAAUUUGUCAGGAAAUCAUCUGUUAGGCUGUAUUCCCAACGACAUGGGUAAUCUGGUUCUGCUAGAAUCAUUGGACCUUCGGCAGAACCAGCUCUCGGGGGGAAUUCCUCCAAGCUUUGCAGCUUUGAUGAGCCUCAGUGUUCUGAACCUCUCGUAUAAUGGAUUGUCAGGGAGAAUACCUACCGGCAGACAGCUGCAGACGCUGGUAGAUCCGUCAAUAUACAGCCACAACCUAGGGCUAUGUGGUUUCCCAUUGGAAGGCUGCAUGAACUCAUCAACGUCUACACGAAACGAAGUGGGCCAGGCUGUAGAUAGAGAGGCACUGUGGCUGUAUUGCUUUGUGGCUGCUGGAUUCGUCUUUGGGUUCUGGCUGUACUGGGGCAUGUUCUUGUUCUACAGCGAGACCUGGAGGUGUGCGUUCCAUCAGUAUGUGGACAACAUGCAAGGGAAGGCAACCAAGAAAAUAUACAGCUGCAUGUCAUGCUUCUGGAGCACCGUGUGGUGCUGAAGUAAUGUCGAGCAUGUCUGUAAUAUUUCCCCUGUAUUUGCUAUGCAAUACCUUGGCCCUUAAUGACAGAAUGAGGAAGUGCACCAUGUAGUGUUGAAGUAAUGUCGAGCAUGUCUGUAAAUGUAUAUUACCAAGAAAAUAUACAGCUGAAGUAGUGCACCUUGGCCCUUAUUUUCCUUGUAUUUGCUAUGUAGUACAUUGAAAUGCAUGGAGUUUUUUGUGGUUA